AUGGAAUUAUACAAGGAUUUGUAUCCCCAGGUGAUGGACUUGCUGAAUGUGGCGCACAACAAGGCUCCCGAGUGCAAGAAGGCUGGCGUCCAGUAUGUUGCACAGGGGAUGUUCGACCAUUUGCACGAGAAGAAGUUGGGAGAUGUGAUGAAAAGCCACAUAUCUGACGAACAUUAUCGCCUGGUGGAGCCAUACUCGAAUAAGAUCGAUGAUGCGUUUAGAAGGGCCGCCAAAGCUUACCAGAACUGA